AUGAACAGUGAUGGAAGAGUUGAAAGAUGUAAUUAUAUAAACAACUUCCAAACAGGUUCAUUGAAUGGAUUAGUUUUUGUUUACGAUAAUAAAGUUGAUAUUCUAGAUUCAGUUUUCCCAAACAAUCGAAAAAAUGAUAGAGGAAAAUUAUUUUAUUCAUUUAAUGGACAGAUUUAUAUAUAUCGAUGUAAUGUUGAUAAAUAUUCAGCUUAUGGUGAAUUUGGUGGAUUUGUUGAUACAGCAAGUAUGACAACAGAUCCAUUUUCUAAUGACUUAAAGUUCAUUGGAUUAAGUCCAUGUGAAGGAGAAUUAUCAAUUGUAAAAAAGAAAGAUAAAAAUGAUUCUAUUUGCAUCGACAUUGAUAUUAUUUCAUUAACAAAUCUAUUUAAUACAUCAUCUUCAUAA